CUCCUGCGCGAGCCAGUCCGACGUUACCUCUGCAGAGGAAAACGCAAUGGAGCCCUGAACGUUUUGCAUUCCUACUUCGAAACAAUAUCACCACCAAAAACACUGCUUUAUCCGCUGUUUUGUGGCGUAACAGGGCGGUACAACGAUGUGGAUCCAGGUUCGUACUAUAGACGGGAAGGAGACGCGAACCGUGGAGGAUCUUUCUAGAUUGACCAAAAUUGAGUCUUUACGGUUGAAAAUACAAGACAUCUUCAAUGUAAGCCCACAGCUGCAGCGCCUAUUCUACAGAGGAAAGCAGAUGGAAGAUGGCCAGACACUGUUUGACUACAACGUGGGUCUCAACGACAUCGUCCAGCUGCUGAUUCGCUCACAGGGUGACGCUCCCGACAGCCCCGCCCCCAAGGACUCCUCUGGUGUUUCCUGUCUUUCAGCUCAUCCCCCUGACUCCAUGUCGGAAACCCGCAACUCUCCAGCACCUGCAUCCCCAGCUGCUAUGGAAACUACCAGUAUAGACAAUGACAAGAGCAGCGUCAAGAGCAGCGUCAAGAGCAGCGUCAAGAGCAGCGUCAAUACCAGCACUGUUAAUGAAACCAAGCCGGACACCAGCACUACCAGUAAUUCAACCAGUACCAAAAAUGGGAUCAAGUCCCCGAGUCCGGCACGGGACAUCCAGCCGCAGACAUCCAGCAGAAACACACUAGCUGACCCAGGAAUUGGUGUGUACAAGAUUAACGAGCUGGUGGACUGCAGAGACGUCAGCAUCGGCGCUUGGUUCGAGGCCUGCAUCGACAAUGUGACACGAGCACCCAAAGGACAGAUAACACCCCCCAAGGGCAAGGUGGGCCGGCCCCCAAAAAGGACUAACGGAAAGCUGGAGGCCGAGCUCGGACAGGCCCCUGGCCAGGGCCAAACCACAGACAGUAACAGGAAUAAUGUUGUUAUAAGCUCAGAGAGUAAUGGAGCCUCCACCUCUCAGACAGACUCUACAGCAACUACAGAGACCAAGGACAGAGAAGAGGACGUCAUUUACCACAUUAAAUAUGACGAUUACCCAGAGAACGGCGUGGUGGAGAUGAGACCGAUGCAUGUCCGGCCACGUGCCAGAACCCUUCUGCGGUGGGACCAGCUCCAGGUGGGCAUGCAAGUGAUGGUUAACUACAACAUGGAAACGCCAGACGAGAGGGGGUUCUGGUUCGACGCAGAGGUUCAGAUCGUCAACCAAACGUCCCGCACAAACAAGGAGCUGCGAGUCAAGAUCCUCUUGGGGGGUCCAGGCGAUGUAAUCGGGGAUUGUAAAGUCCAGUUUCUGGAUGAAAUCUACCAGGUGGAGAAGCCAGGAGCUCGUGCACUCUCAGCUACAGAUGGACAAUUUAAACGGAAGAGCGGGCCCGAGUGUAAGCACUGCAAGGCCGACCCCGACGCAGAGUGCCGCUUCUGCUCCUGCUGUGUGUGCGGGGGGAAGCAGGACGCUCACAUGCAGCUUCUUUGUGACGAGUGCAACAUGGCGUUCCACAUCUACUGCCUCAACCCGCCGCUGUCCACCAUCCCAGAUGACGAGGACUGGUACUGCCCCACCUGUAAGAACGACACCAGUGAGGUCGUAAAGGCUGGAGAGAAGCUCAAAGCCAGUAAGAAGAAAGCAAAGAUGCCUUCAGCAACAACUGAGAGUCAAAGGGACUGGGGAAAGGGUAUGGCCUGUGUGGGGCGCACAAAGGAGUGCACAAUUGUUCCCUCAAAUCACUACGGACCAAUACCUGGUGUCCCUGUUGGAACCACCUGGAAAUUCAGAGUUCAGGUGAGUGAGGCAGGUGUUCACAGGCCGCAUGUCGGCGGUAUCCAUGGGCGCAGUAACGAUGGCUCCUAUUCGUUGGUGUUGGCUGGGGGCUUCGAGGAUGAAGUGGACCGGGGAGAUGAGUUCACAUACACAGGCAGCGGGGGUCGCGACCUCUCAGGAAACAAACGGAUUGGAGAGCACUCUUUCGACCAGACCCUCACACACAUGAACAGGGCAUUGGCCUUAAACUGUGAUGCACCUCUGAAUGACAAAGACGGUGCAGAGUCAAGAAACUGGCGGGCAGGAAAGCCGGUCAGAGUGGUGCGCAGUUCCAAAGGUCGACGCAUAAGCAAAUAUGCUCCUGAGGAGGGAAACCGCUACGAUGGUAUUUACAAGGUUGUAAAGUAUUGGCCAGAGAUUGGAAAGUGUGGUUACCUUGUGUGGCGGUACCUGCUUAGACGGGACGAUAUGGAACCAGCACCAUGGACACCUGAAGGAUUGGAGAGGAUCAACAAACUGGGCCUUUCUGUUCAGUACCCACCAGGUUACGUGGAGGCCAUGGCCAACAAGACGAAAAAGGAGGCCUGUGCCAGACCGGGUCGUGGAGGCCGGAGUAAGCACCAUCUCGGGAGGGGGAGGCAACGGAGACAGCGCAAGAUCAAAGAGAAGGAGGAGAAUGACGAGGACGAGGAGGACGACCUGCCAAUGGCUCCCAUAGAUGACGAAGAGCCGCAGAGUAAUGGAGAGCAAAAGACAAGCAGGGACAGCGGUGGGUGCUUUUACAGAUGGAGCUCAGAGCAGGCCAGAAACGGUGUUGUGAGAAGAGGACAGAAUCCGUCACCAGCAGCAGAGCCUCCCUCCAAGCGGGUGAAGAUAGAAGAGACGUUCCAGCUGUCAGAGCAGCAGAAGCAGUUGAUCCACGAGGACACGGCCAACAAGAAACUCUGGGAUGAAGCCAUGGGACACAUUAAAGAGGGGCCGAAUUUCCUGAGCAAGAUGGAGCAGAUCUUCAUGUGCGUGUGCUGCCAAGAGCUGGCUUUCCAACCCAUCACCACCGCCUGCUCACACAAUGUUUGCAAGAGUUGUCUCCAGCGGUCCUUCCGAGCCCAGGUGUACACCUGCCCGGCGUGCCGUCACGACUUGGGCAAAGACUACAUCAUGAUCCAAAACGUCACGCUCCAGAUGCUGCUCGACCAGUUUUUUCCCGGAUACACCAAGGGCCGAUGAGGACCAAAAACACACUUACGAGUAGAAAAACGUACAGACACGCACAUCCAUUUUGUGCACCCACGCAAGUACCUAGAGCUCCACUUUAAAACGCAUUGCGCACACAUACUGUACUUAACCACGGGAAAAUGUAUAUUGCAUAUACAGCCAUUUCUAUGUAUACAAUCAUUCAUACACAAACCACCUCAGUAGGGACUGACCUCAUCUUGUUGAACUUGGACCGUCUCCAUUAACAUCACCAGCCUGAAAUUUACAAAGGACACUUUUUAACCUUCCUUCUCCUGACACACAACCGCUCACAAGGUGCCCGUUUUAUGACCCACCAGCCACCUCCAGAUUUAAGCUCUGUUUUUUAUGUUGUUGCUCCUGCCACUGUGUAGUUCAGUAAUUAGAAGUUGACUUCACUAUUAGUCUUUAGUCUCCUGCCAACCUGAACACAUGUGUACCAUACACGCUGAACUGCUUCUUAGUGUUUCAUUUAGCAGGCAAAUCACAGAGCUAGUUUGAGUAGGGGAUUAAAGCACAGCAGGAAUGGCAGUUACACAAGGUGACACAAAACACACCAAGGAGACAACACUGCAUGUACAACAUUGAAUCAAAACAAGUAGGACAUGUGACGCAGAUGUAACCAUGCAAGUAUUCUGUUAAGACAAACUCAAUUUGGAAAAGAAGCACAACAACCUUUCUUCCGUUAAGCACUUUAUUGGUAACAAGCAGCAGAUUGAUUUUGUCCAUUAAUCAGGAACAUAUGCUCGCAUUCUGCCAGCUACUUAUUUAAUUUGUAAUGUUGUUAUUUUAAUGCAUUUUGCUAAUAAGAGUAGCAAAUUCAAAUUGGCAGGUGUGUCCUCUUUGAAGAGUUCCUGGGUUCAACAAAAGAGCAACGUAACAAUGUAAACAACAAUGUUACAGAGACACAUCUAAACAUAACUUACAAAUGAUGCAUGAAGUAUGCACUUCAGAUAGAAGUUAUUUCUCGUGAGAAAUCCGGCUUAAAAGUAAUCGCUUAUCUACUCGUUAGAUAUAGCAGUAAGCCACUUAGGGCUUAGAAAGCCUCUAACAUGACUGAAAUCAUCAUGGAAUAUUCAUGUUCAUAAACUAUUGUGUAUUUUCUCAUUCACAGUUUCACUUUUUCAGGCAGAUGACCGAGACUGAACUGUACCGUAAUAUGUACUUCUGUUCUCUUUCUAUGUACUGUAUGUACCAGAGAAGUACUGUAAUGUUGUAAUAGGUUUGAAUGCUCUGAAGUGGUUAGAAAGUGAGGUGCAAUAUUUGCAUAAAAGGCGCACACAGUGGUUGUCCCUGGUGUUUCCAAGCAACCACAAUCAAGUAGGACUUCACACAAAGAUGGUUUGCAUCUAUUGUGCUCAGCAGAUAUUAAUCUGCUGUUGUUCCUUCAGGUUGAUUUAGUACAAUGUUUACUGGAGAGCGGCACGAUCUGUUUCUGCAUCAUUUCAAAAAAGGUAGUCAGGUGAGUGAUUGCACUGCCAGGGAAGAUGUGAAACAGAAAACUGAGACACAUCCAUCUCAGUUUGUCAUGGUUGAGCCUAUUUCUGUUCCCUGACUGAGCUUUGUGAUUGUUGUGAUUUUUGUUAAUUCACAACGUUAGGAGCCAGAAGAAAUCACAAAGAAUGCAGUGUUCCCCAUUGUACAGAGUAUGAGUGAGAUAGAAAUGCACUGUGGGAGCAGUCUGAUACUGUUGUGAAUUAUUUUGUCACUGGUUAAGAUCCAUAGAACCAGACGGUGGAGUGCCUUUGUUAAACUGACAGUCCAAAAAUGUUAAAGUAAUGAAAGUUUGCAUCAAACGCCUGCUGAGUUAACUAACGUUGUUUACUCAUUCUGUUUAAUCAGAAGUUGGUAUAAAAAUACUCGUUACCGUUUUUUUGUUUCUUUUCAGGCAGUUGCAUGUUUUUCGAUGAUAUUUGUCAUUUAAGAAAAUCUUUUAAAUGGGGGAGAAAGUUUUGUUUCUUAAAUGAGACAAGUACUUAAAGCUUAAGUUUGGCUGAUUGAAGAUCAGUUAUGUUUACACUACUGGGAAAGCAUAACAUAUAAUUUGUUUGUAUCACAACUAAGCUUUUCAAUGUUGUUUUUCAAGAAAAUGUGAGUAGGUUUAAGUUAAGAUUAGAUUUUUUUUCCCCCACACUGCACCUCGCAGUCAGCUCUUAAACACAGCACUGAAGUCAAAUUUGAGGAGUGAAAUGAAAGAACACGGGAAAAUGUAUUUUGGAUCUGCUGCACAGCGUAGUUCAUUAAAACGGAUAAAGAGAAGGUGACUAUAGUUAGACAAAGAGGAGAGGUUUCAUAUGUCAUUCAUCACUCACUCAGUUUGAGACAACAAGGUCUGCAGAUCUGAUUUGAAUACAAAACAAGAAAACAAAAUAAUGUUUUGUUUUCACCCGUUGGUGCAUCUUUUCAUGAGAGCUAUGACAUACCAUCAUAAUAUUAUAUCAUACAUCCAUAGCCAUGUUGAUUUUCCUCAAUUGAUGACCCAGAUAAUCAUCUGUUUUAGCACUGAUAUGGUACUUAAACAUGUGCAGGGUUGGUAGGUGUAAUAGGAACUCAAUCAAACUGGUCUGAUCACUUAUACUCUGGUGUUCAAAAGAUUUAAUCUGGAUGAAAAGAUCUAGACUUGGAAAGCCUCUUUUUUCAAUCCAGGAUCAGGGAAUCCAUCAAACGUAGAUGUUUUUGAAUAAAAAACUGGACUGGAUGAUUUUCAUCCAGAUGCAGACUUUUUAAGCAUUACCUAAUCGGGAUUACCAGUUCUCUAAAUGGGAAUUCAUAUUACAUAGUUUGUCCACAGGAGGCGCCAAAAUCCACAGAAAUUGAAAGUUGUUUGCUUAAAAUGAAGUUUUUCUAUGUUUAAUAUUAACAGCUUUUCUGUGAAUUCUUUUAUGGAGAUAAAAUCCUUUAUUUUUAAAAACUAAUGUCUACUUUACAAAAGACUGUAUUGUUCGAUCACAUAUAAAGGUUUACCUCACUCUGUUAUCCAGCCCUCUGCUGAGAUCAGGAUAAUCCUGAUUUGUGGGAUCAAAUGUAUCCCAGUUCUACUUAAAAGUUUGGACCAACACAAACUGGGGUUUUAUCCAAAGUGGAGGUUUUAUCCUAAUGAAAAACAAGAUUGGGUUACCUGAUCUAAAUAGAUUUUGUAGUUCCUUUUUUUCACCCUUCAAACAACCCAUUUUCAAGAUCUGAUCCUAUUCGAUAGCUUUAAUCCUUUCAGAUUAUUUUUGAACACCAGUUAGGAUGUCUGCAGUAGUUCUAACUCUUGAGGUGGUUUGUGGGGAAAUGUAGUGCCUCCUCUCGUUCAUUGGCGUUAAAGCGUUCACCUGCAUCAGUCUUCGAGGAGUAGCCGUGUUUCGUUUAGAACUGAUCUGAGGUAACACGCUGCAGUACACAUCCCUUUCUUACUGCUCAGUUGACAUUCAGUGAUACACACACUUCCUCCCCUCUCAUUGGCCGGCUGUUUGUUUGUGGUGAUGUCCUUGUUUCUGCUCAAUCAUUCAGGUUUUGUUUAUUUUUAUUCCUCACUCUACAACAUGCAAGUACAAAUGCUACUAUGGUCUUUAAAGCUAAAUGUGAUGUGCAUUCCUUCCACUGUUGCUCAAUGCCUGCAUUGACUGGCAAGCUAAUAGCUCUGGUUUCUUUCUCUGCUGUGACCCUCUCCUCUCUCUCUCUCUCUCUCUCUCUCUCUCUCUGCGCUGUCUCCCGCCCUCCGUGAACCUACAGUACUAACACCUUUUUAGACGUCUUGUGGACGCUUGGCUUCAGUGCUAUGUUGUUUUUUUUUGUUGUUUUUUUUUUUUUUACUUUUAUUGCACUCUUAUUGAAGAAAAAAGUUUGAAAAGUCGCAUUUAAUUUUCUCUAGUAUGCUUACUACUAUCUAUGUUCAUACACCAUUUUUCUACCAUUUUAGUUGCUUCUCUUCUAUUUUAAUCAUUAGUCAUUUUUAUGUGGCACCCUCAAACAUUUGCAGCAUAUGCCCAGUCUGAGGAGUGUCAUUGCUUCAUAUUGUGAUCUGAAAUUUUAUACAUGUCAUAAUAAUACUUGAUAUGUACCUAUUAAAUAUUUGGAUUCAAGAAAAAAAA